AUGUCAUCAACUCUCCUCGAGCAAACUCGAUCCAAUCACGAGGAGAUCGAGAGAUUGGAGCGAUUGAUUGUGCAAGAUUUACAGACCGAGCCGCCGUCGAGCAGGGAUAGAUUGGUGCAGGGCCACCGUGUCCGCCACAUCAUUGAGUCUAUCAGGCGUAACACCGAGAAACUUGUUGAAACCUACGAGGAUAAGGAUGGGGCGAGGGAAGAUGAGAUAGCAGCGCUUGGUGGCCAGACCGCGACGGGGACAAAUGUGUAUAAUGCAUUCUAUGAUCGUUUGAAAGAGAUACGUGAGUAUCAUAGAAAGCAUCCUUCUGGACGUCUUGUUGAUGCUAGUGAGGACUAUGAAGCACUCUUGAAGGAGGAGCCAGUUAUUGCCUUCAGUGGAGAGGCGCUGGGAGCAUUAGGACUGAAAGUUGGUGGUACUCUGCAGCAGCGUGCCGAGAGACUUUUCCUGACUAAGCAUACGCCUUUGGAGAAGCUGGAUAAGAAACAUUUUGCCAAACCUCCACACAACGGGAAUCAAAACGGAGAUGCCAAAGCAACGCAGGAGUCUGAAACAGCUAAAGAAAUUGCACUAACAGAGGCUAAAGUGAAAAAACUCUGCAAUUUACUUGAUGAGACAAUCGAAAGGACAAAACAAAACAUCGUAAAGAAACAGGCCUUGACUUAUGAAGAGAUGGAGGAAGAACGUGAGGGUGAGGAAGCUCGUGCAGAAUCAGAAAGUGAUGAUGAGGACGACCAGAUUUACAACCCGCUGAAGCUGCCAAUGGGUUGGGACGGGAAGCCUAUACCAUACUGGCUCUACAAACUUCAUGGGCUUGGCCAGGAGUUUAAAUGCGAGAUAUGCGGGAACUAUAGCUAUUGGGGAAGAAGGGCUUUCGAGAGACACUUCAAAGAAUUUCGUCACCAACACGGAAUGCGUUGCCUAGGAAUCCCGAACACAAAGAACUUCAACGAAAUCACUUCGAUUGAGGAAGCGAAAGAAUUGUGGAAGAGGAUACAGGAGAGGCAAGGAGUGAACAAAUGGAGGCCGGAGCUUGAAGAAGAAUAUGAAGAUCGCGAAGGAAACAUUUACAACAAGAAGACUUACUCUGACCUUCAACGUCAAGGUCUCAUCUGA